AUGCUUUGUGGUCUGGCAAUUUACAACAGUGUGCUGGUUGAUUUCCCAUUCCCGUUGGCUCUUUACAAGCUUAUCCUGAAAGUUCCAGUAGAACUCGAAGAUCUUACUGAACUCAGUCCUACUGAAGGAAGGUCACUGCAAUCUCUCCUGGAUUAUGAAGAAGAUGACGUCGAGGAAGUUUUUGGCUUAUCGUUCGUGAUUUCCUUGUCUUUGUUAGAUCAUAGAAAAGAUGUGGAGUUAAAGGAAAAUGGUGCAGAAAUACCAGUCAAUCAGAGGAAUAAGCACGAAUUUGUCCAGGUUUAG